AUGCACAUCGUGUUGGCGAUUUCGGCUUUACACCACCGCUAUGAACAAGAGUUAUCACUCGAUGAACCCAAUGCAUUUGAAGCAUACCACGCAUACAAAAGUGCCGCCCUUCUGAACCAAGCGCUAUCCCGGUCAAUACGGCCCGAGGAGCGCGACACCUUGUGGAUGGCAGCGACGUUUCUUGGUGUCAAUGCUGUCUCGACAUUAUCAGCGACGACUCCACAAGAAGCCUGGCCGCUGAAGUCUCACGAAUCAGACCUAGGGUGGUUGCGCUUUGCCGGCAGCAAAAUGGCUCUCUGGGAGCUUACAAACCCGGUCCGGCAAGAUAGCUUAUUCCAAAACAUGAAGGGCGAGUAUGCGCAAAUGUUUAACUCUAUUGCUGUUGAUGGAGUGAGCGGUAUUCCUCCCUGGCUUGCCGUGCUAUGUGACCUGCACGAGGGCUCAACUAUACAUAACAAUCCUUAUUUUACGGCUGCGCAUACACUUUCUUUGGUUCUCGAUCAAAGCGCCGAGAUUUCGCGAUCCAGGAUUUUGGCAUUUACCAGCCAGAUGGAACCAUCUUUCAAGGAUUUAUUGCGAGUCAAAGAUCCGGUCGCACUGCUUCUCUUAGCAUUAUGGUAUGAAAGGGCUGGUCCGGCAAUCUGGUGGAUUCAGCACCGGGCCACCAUUGAGUACCAAGCAAUUUGUCUCUAUCUCUGUCUAAAACAGAAUUCUCCAACAGAGAUGGUGGUCACGAAUAACUGGAUGUCCAAAUCAGUUGAGACCGGGUUGGUUGUUUCCUUGGUAGGAAAGUGA